AUAAUUCUGUUACCAUGGAUCUAAAUGAGAGGAGACUCUUGCUUUUUCACAAAAAAAAAGAAAAAGAGAGAGAGAGCAGCAACCCCAGCAGCAUCGAAGAUCGUCGAUCGUCGAUCGGUUGCUCUCUUUCAUUAAUCAGAUCUAAUUGAUACCCAAGCUUCUUCAUCGGAGGCCGUAUCUCACGAGGAAACAUGGGCGGUAGAUUUGGAGUCCUCCUAGUCCUCUUCCUCUUGAGCUGGUCUUGUCAUGCUACAAACCCGAUUCUUCUCGAACCAUUCGAAUCAGCUCAUGAUGACAACCAAGUCUGUGAACUAUGUGACAAGUAUGUCACGCUAGUCAUUGAUUACCUUCAAGACUACGACAACCAGAAUGAACUCGUUGAGGCCCUUCAUAUCAGCUGCUCUCAGAUUCCUCCUCUCAAAAAACAGUGUCUUUCAAUGGUAGAUCAUUACACCCAACUUUUCUUCACACAAGUCUCUACUAUCAAAUCAGACCAAAUCUGCAAACGGCUUAACCUCUGUCAAGCUGUGACACCGGCCUUUGCCUCUCAAGUCCAUCAAGGAAACUGCGAGGCUUGCCGCGAGACUGUCUCUGAGGUUGUCACCAAACUCAAGGAUCCUGAGACUAAGCUGAAGAUAAUUCGGUUACUUCUCAAGGAAUGCAAGUCGCUUAACAAUUACCAGGACAAGUGCAAGAAGAUGGUAUUCGAGUACGGGCCUCUGAUGCUUACGGAUUUGCAGAAGUUUCUGGAGAAGAAAGACGUGUGCACUAUCCUCCACGUCUGUCCAGGUCCAGCCACCCACCGUGACUACGUUCCUGCGGUGGAGUCAUUGGCAGAUUCGUAAAUUCGGCCACCUUGGUUUUGUCGUCAUUCACACUAAUACCAUGCCAUGAUCGUGAUGCUAAUUUAAUUUGGUAACCCGGUGGUCAUGUAAAUACUGAUUGAUAUAUUAAAAACAUAACUACACGAUUGAUGAUUCUUGUGUGAUUUGAAAAGAACGCUGUCUAAAGGCCCAUUGUCCAUCGAUGGGCCUUUUUGCUAAUUUCUACAUUGCCCAUGUUGUGUAGUCUGAUUUUCGCUAAAACGUUACGUUGAUGCGUGUACUCAAUCACUCGCCCACCAUUUUCUUCUGUGAAACAGUUGGCAAAAGUUAGGGGCCGCCAAGCUGGUUUAAACUGACCCACAAGCGAAUAAAUGUCAGACACGUGUAAAGGACAAAGAGAGCAAGUGUCACCGUAUCUAUAAAAGCUAACAUUAGAGGAUAUUCUUGCUUACGUGUGACAUCGUCACUGGUACAUAUCAUCUAAAGGAAUCUUUGAUCAACACUACUCUGGAAAACAAAUUGUAUACUAUUUAUAAAUCUGUUGACUGUAUGUAUAUUCAGAAUUAUGUGAUUGAUUGACUAAAAGCGACUGAUUUUUAACCUUUUAUAAUACAAACAGAACAGUGUACAUAUCCAAUGUAGUGAAACAAAUCCUUUUAUUGGG